AUGACACUCUCGCUGCAGAUGAAAGAGUUUUUUUACUGUCUCAGUGCAACGGACAAAUACUCCGACUUCGACUCCCGGAAAUCCUUCAACCGCGUGAAUCAGCCGGAAAUCGAAACGUCACUUCUAGGGGCUACUCAUGCCAAUGACUCUACGUCUUCAUUAUCCAAAGCGGCCAAUCUGGCAAGUAGCGAGGAGGGUGUCCAUGAAGUAAGACUUGCAUGGAGACACAUUAAAAAGUGGCUCCACAAACACUCGGAAGAUAUGAAUAAUUCGUUACUGGCGCCUUGCACGGAGGCCGAUAUCAACGAGCUCCAGAAGGACUUGGACUGUGAAUUUCCUGCCUGUCUCAAGGAGUUUCUCCGGUUGACUGACGGGCAGUCGCAGUUUAAUGAAAACGGUUGCUGUGGAUUGUUCUAUGGAUUGAGACUCUUGUCGAUUGACGAAAUUGCAGUCAUGACCGAAAGCUGGAGAAAGGUGCACGAGUCGAUAUUACAAAAUACCGAGUUCAGCGGCCUUCAGAAAUAUGCAGUCAACUCGAGUUUUGCUGACAACAACUUGGGCACGUCUGCGGGGUUCAAGAUGAGACCAUCUGAAAUGAAAGUGAAUCAGAAUGAGUUUCCGGAGCAAUAUUCUGUGCCGCCCCAUACGGUUCAUUCCAUAUACGCGCACUCACAAUGGAUACCAUUGAUCAAUGACGAAACGGGAAACUUCAUUGGGAUAGAUUUAUCACCAGGCGCCUCUGAUUCGUCGGCCAUCCCCGCAGCCAAAUGGGGACAGGUGAUUUUGUUCGGACGCGAUUUCGACAUCAAGUAUAAGAUUGCUGACACUUUUGGUGAUUUUCUUCUUAUAUUUGCCAACGACUUGGAAAAGGGAAACUGGGACUUGCGCAGCUCCAGUGACAACGAAGAUAUGGUCAGCGGGGUUGACGCCGAGCUAGUUUUUGUCGACCACGAGACCAAGAAAGAAUUGCCAUACCUAAAUGUUCUUAAGGACCGUGCCACCACUCUCUGGAUCUCCAGCCUCUCGGCGGAAAAC